AACAGGUUGGCCGCCACCAUAUAGCACGUCCCGCGUACGAUCACACGACGUGAUCAGGUUGGAAUGCUUAAUCAAACGCAUGCUACGCACCACGCAGUACCACACAGUGCCAGACACUAUCCUAAGAGCGGCCCUCACGAUCCUCAAUGACGUUCGAUGACCGCGAUACAUGUACUGUUCGUCACGGUCUCUUACCCUUUCCCCAAGAGACGCGGUUUUUUUUCGGGGGGGAACAUUACAAUUAAUCGGGAGUAUAAAUAUGACGAUCAUCGGUAGCAAACGACACAGUUCACAGCCAGCAAACGAUCAGUGCUUCUACAAACCACCAAAACCCCAAACCACCACCACCACCACCAAACAAAAUGUUCGCCAAAGUGUUCAUCUUCGUCGCCAUCGCCGUUGCCUGCGCUGCUGGCAAGCCGCUGACCGCUGCCGUCGUCGCCGCACCGGCCGUGGUGACCGCCCAGAGCUCGCAGUACGUCGCCCGGAACUACAACGGAGUGGCCGCUGCCUACACCGCCCCGGCCGUCGUGUCGGCCGCUUACACGGCACCGGUGGCCGCCGCCUAUACGGCCCCAGUUGCUGCCGCUUACACCGCUUACGCCUCGCCGCUGGCUGCUGCCUACACUACCGCUCCGGUGGCCGCUGCCGCCUACAGUGCCCCGCUGACGGCUGCCUACACGGCUGCCUCGUACGCCCCGUACUACCCGUACGUGCUGUAAGGCACCUUCUCAGCAUAUCCUCAGUUAAUGACUCAAAGGACUCCUGUUUUCCCCCCGCCAUGAUCGUUUGUUGUAAAUAAUUACAGUUGAAGCAUUAAGCAAUUCAAA